GAAAAAUGGCUUAAAGCUACCGUGCAAAAAUAACUUCUUUGGCAUUUACAAAUGCGGUAUCUUAGAAUGAGAAGACCGCGGUGAUGGAAAACCUAGACCAAAAUACCGAGUUUCAAAGAGCUUGGCUUGCGCGCAAUCCCGCGCUGCGAAAUGGCAUUUUGAAUUAAUUUGGCUGCCUAAAGCUGGAUUGGCGAUUUGAAGGCUUAGGAUUCACAAGAAAACUGGAGAGCUCACAAAUCCUGCGACCUAAAACUACAUUUCUCGAAGACACAUAAACCAAAAACAGGACUUUUGGACAUAUAGGUAUUUUUCUGAACAUCGUAUGAGUACUCGGUAGAGAAGUCUGGUGGAUAUCGCCACUCGUAAUGGCACCUCUUACUAGCGAGCCCGACGCCAUCCGCGUCGCUCUCAACAUUGCCCGCCGUAAGAUCUUCUACAGCCUCGUCGUCGAGAUCACGGCGUACAUGCGGUCGCAAUUGGAACUUCCACAUAACCCAGACGGACUACCAUCUUUUUCGUCUUCGGCACGGAAUCCACCUCCAUAUUCGGAGUCGGCCUCUAAUACUACUGCUGCUGGCAGCGGCCGGAACGUCGAUACCCCACCGGCCCAACCGCCGCGCCCACAGCAGCCAUCAGUGCCUAGUCCUGCCCUAGUCAGGCUCCGGAAAGCAACGCUCCUGCACUUCGACUCUUGGCGCGACGAGACCCUCGCCAAGAUCAAAGAAGUCGUCGCCAAGCCCGACGACCAGAAGGUCCUCGACGCGCGACGCAAGCGCGCGGAGCAGCUCAGCGCUAAAAGCAGCGAGCAGCCCGACGACGGCGAGGACCUCCUCAGUUUCGGCGACAACAGCCGCGCUACGCAGACUACCGCUUUCACUACUACUACUACUACUGCCGCUGCUACUGAUGAUACCACGCCACCGCUGCUGCCGCCGCGGGGUACUACGGGGGGCACGGGACCCACGAGCUUGGCCGCGUUCCAGAAGCUGUACCACCCGAUCCCGACGCAGCUCAGCGGCGGCGUCCCGAUGGAGGACCGCAAGGAGGUCCUCAGCGCGACGCUGAUCUGCCUCCUGGCCAUCGGCAACUACUCGGCGUACUCGCGGACGCUGGUGUGCUACCUCGCGAGCGCGCUCGGGGUCCCGCCGUCUUUCGUGGAUAGGGAGGAGACGGAGAUCGCGACGACGAUGGUCCAGGCCGCGAAGAAAGCAGAAAGGGAGGGAGGUAGCGGCGCGGGAGGGGGUGGAAGAGGUGGUGGUGCUGGUAUGUCGGCGGAGGCGGAGGCAAGGAAGCGCCGCGAGGAAGGAAAAGUCGGUCGCCUGUGGAAGGUAGGGCUCGCGAGCGUGGCGGGCGCCGCGAUUAUUGGUGUUACGGGCGGGCUGGCGGCGCCGGCGGUGGCGGGCGUCAUCGGCGGGCUGAUGGGGUCGGUCGGGCUCGGCGGCCUCGCGAGUUUUCUGGGACUCUUCUGGAUGAACGGGGCGCUCGUCGGGACGCUGUUCGGCGCGUUCGGAGCUAAGAUGACGGGCGGCAUGGUCGAUCGGUACGCGAAGGAGGUCGAGGACUUCAAGUUCCUGCCGCUGAAGGAGGAGUGGGGGCGCGACUGGGCUGAUAAAGAAGGGGAUGGGGCGAAGGAUCGCAGGUUAAGGGUCACGAUCGGGAUUAACGGAUGGCUUACGGCGGAGGAGGAUGUGACGAAGCCGUGGAGGGCGCUGGGCGACGAGACGGAGGUUUUUGCCCUCAGGUACGAGAUGAAGAGUCUGAUGGCGCUCGGGGAGAAGUUGAGGGGCCUGGUGGCGUCGGCGGCGUGGAGCGCGGUGAGGGCGGAGAUCUUGCAGCGCACGGUCCUGGCUACGCUUUCGGGCGCGCUCUGGCCUAUCUUCCUUCUCAACUCGGCGUCGAACAUAGAUAACCCGUUCAGCCUCGCGAAAAACCGGUCUGAGAAGGCGGGUAGGAUCCUCGCCGAUGCCUUGAUUAAUAGGGUUCAGGGAGAGCGGCCUGUGACGCUGGUGGGGUACUCGCUGGGCGCGCGGGUCAUCUAUGCGUGUCUGCGGUCGCUGGCGGAGAGACAUGCGUUCGGGCUUAUAGAUACGGUGGUCUUGAUCGGGGCGCCGGUCCCGUCGAACACGGGGCACUGGGAGAUGAUGCGCACGGCGGUGUCCGGCCGGCUUUUCAAUGUGUAUAGCGAGAACGACUAUAUUCUAGGCUUCCUGUACCGCACUACAAGCUUACAGCUCGGUAUCGCCGGCCUGCAGCCCAUCGCGGGCGAUAUCGAGGGCGUCGAGAAUCUGGAUCUGAGCAAUGAGGUUACCGGCCAUCUUAGAUAUCCGGAGCUUGUAGCGAAGAUAUUGGCCCGCUGCGGUUUCCCCGACGUCAGGGGUGGCAAGGGAGCGAUCGAGAAGGAUGACGGGAAGAUCGAGAUCGAGCUCAAGGAUAGGGAUUGGGCGGAAACUGGCAACUUGAUCGACGUGGAAGAUAAGCCGGAGAAGAACGAGAAGUUUGAUCCGAUCGUCAAGAACGUGCUGGAGUUGAAGAGCGAUGUUGGGGUUAGGGAUGCGAAGAUGGGCGGUUUGAAGGAUGCGAAAGAACGGGAUGUUACCCGGACUACUACGUGGACGGCUGCUCCUGUGCCUCACCCGGGUGAGGUGCGGCGUGCUGCUACUUUCUCGUCUGUAUCUACGGCUACGACGCAGGUUGAUCCGCCGCCUGCGUAUCCGGGCACGGGGCAGACUGCUGGUCACGGUGGUAACAGCGAUUAUGAUCACGCUUACGAUUCAGAAGAGGAGGGAUUUGGCGGGAUCAGGAUGAUGGACAACGACUCUGACGGAGGUGAAUUGACUUUCAUCGAACCACUACAUAUCGAGGAUAACUAGGUAGUUACGCUAUGUAGAUUUCUUAACGUGCACAAAUAGGAGACAAGACGCUACCUAUAUACCCAGGCAAGGAGUUAAUAGGAGGAUUUUCUAUGGAAAACAUCACGAUGCCGAGAUGAAAUAUUUGCUUUUUAAGCGGACUAAGUCCGUUGUUACCUAUGUGCGACGUCCAUAACUCAACUUCUCAAUCCUACAGGUGGAGAGCUACCAGAUAAUAGGUACCGUGUACCUGUGCAAUGGUCGC